AUGUUGGGGUUACCGGAAGAAAUCACAGUCGGUAUCCUCAAACGCUUACCGAUAAAAUCAGUGUUAAAAUUCAGGUGCGUCUGCAAAAAAUGGUACAAUAUACUCAAUGAUCCUGAAUUUCUUAAGAAACAACAAAAUCAUGAUUUGGGAGACGACGAUUCCACUUUAAUACUUAGAAAAGGCCGUGAUUACUACUCCAUUUCUAAUGAUACAUUCACAUCGAUAUCUUCGUCAUCAUCAUCAGAUGUAGCUAUAUCGUUAUCUGCAAAGGAUGUUAAGGAUCUUGAUUUCCCUAUCAUUUCUCCAAAGACUCCAAUGCCUUUCACUGAGGAAACUGUUCAGAUUUUGGGUUCUUGUUAUGAUAGCAAGAUUAACGAUUACAAGUUGGUAAGGAUUGCGAAAUCAGACGAGAAUGUUCCUGAAGUCAAGGUUUAUACACAAAUUAUAGUUUUCAAACACCUCAGAGUCAUUGUUUCUUUUGAUUUGGGAAGUGAGACAUUCAAGGAAUUAGCGCUGCCAGAAAAUCUGAGAGGCGGCGCUAAUGUUUGUUUCAGUGCUGCAGGAGGGUGUCUUGCUGUACUUUGUAGUGAUCCAUGUCCAUGGGGUCAGUUUGAUGUAUGGGUGAUGAAAGACUACAGACGGAGAGAGUCUUGGACUAGGCUCUUCACUAUUACUGAAAACAUCAAAUCAUUUGAAUAUAUAAUCAGAAGCUUUCGGCACUUAAGGCAAAUGGUGUGUCUGAAAAAUGGUGAGUUCUUGUUAGAAUUUGGAUUGGAGGCAGAAAGUAGAGCUGAUUUGGUUGUGUAUGACCCAAAGACUGAAAGAGCUAGAGUACUGAAUGUACCUAAAAAGAGAGGGUAUACGAAACCUAGACUGUGCGACGUUUUGUUGUUCAGGGUGGAAACUUAUAUUGAGAGCUUAGUUUCACUCAACUCAGGUACUUAUGUUGGGUAG